AUCUCCCAAGGUGUGCAUCAAAUCCCCAUCUUCUCCAUCUCCAUCUGUUGCUGGACAAAAUCUGCCGUGUGGAAUAGACUGCCAAGGCGGGAAUUAAAACUCCAGAAUCGUCGCUCUCGAGGCACAUGUAGCACGACCACACACUGCAACGACCGUAGCAUCAUGACUAACUGCAUAGUGCGUCCAUACACAUUUGUAUUACUAGUUCAUAAAUAUGUGCAUUUCUCGACGCUAGAGGAGGCGGCCAUCUUACCAUCCUACCCAAGAGGCCACACGCGACCCUCCAUCCCCAAAGAUUCCAAUAUUGACCCCACCAAGCACCACCAACUCCACAGCCAGGGCGGAAUAGGAAGCAAACGGACGCUCACAUAUCACAUCUCCACGCCAGAACAAGCGCGAGGAGCGCAAAAGGCAGAC